AACUAAGCCGGAAUCAUUUCAAAAAGGCGUAUGAAUGGGGGCGCACUGCUAGUUUAUCGGUAGCGGGAGUUGUACAGCGUCUUUCCUUCGAAUGCCAGCUGUGAUCGAAAACCAGUGCGAGAAAAGGGAGCAGUUAGCGACCAAACGGCGACAACGGUGGCAUUCUUGUAUUAGCGGAACCGAUCUAGCAGGCCUCCAGACCUUUGUAAUUCUUUAGUUGGUCCGCGGUAUAAGCGCUUGUCGAGAGGAGAUCGUUGACGAUGUCUGGAUAGGUUCCCGACGCCCACAUUUUUGUGCUCCAUUUGUGUUUCUCCGAGGCAUAUUGCUCGAUAAUGUCGAUCAAAGCGCACUUCUUGUUGUAACGGUUUUUCAAAACAAUAUCUAACGAGCCGCGAUAACCUUCCAAAGUCUUCUUAGCCAUCAUGCGUCACUUUUAACAGUCGCACGAACAUUUGUGUAACUCCGGUCUGUAUGCAAAAGCGAUUGAGUGAACGGCGCGUCAGUAGAGUGAACCCAUCCAACAUGGCCGCGUGCCCCGGAUGUAGUCACGUGGUCGAAAACAGUCUGUAGAAUUGUAAAAAUACGACUUGACUUCCAAUACAUGGUUGGAAUCCAAGUUGUGGGAAUCCCCAUUUUUUUAAAAUUUUAUUAAUUUUUUUUAAGUGCUGCCUUCGCGGCCAUCGGGAAGAAUGCAACCACCUGCUUCUCUUUCUUUCACACGUUUACACACUAACGCGGUUCGAUGAAUUUCCCCUUCUGUCGAAACAUUUGUGAAAAUUCGGAACAAUGACGCAGAAGCAAUUGACGUAGUCGGGGAUGUACUCAACCGAGGUCCCCUUGCUUCUCCCAUUUCUGAGCGAGUUUGGGAGAGCUUGAACGGAGCGAAGUGUUAACUUUUGCUUUCAGUUCUUGCUUCCGGAGUAACGGGUGAGGUGGUAGGACAUAUUUUAAUAUAUAUUUUUUUCUUAUUAUUUAGUCCCCAGAGUUUUUGUUUUACCGUCUUUGUGAUGAUGUUCAUCCUAUUCGGCUGCUUAAUGGCGUACGCAGCGAAGCCAGCGACGGCUUCCUGUUCCCUGGAAAUGAUUCCCAAGAGCGUGGUGGUGCCUUUCGGCGGCUCCCUCUCGGCCGUGUGCAAAUCCUCUUCCGGCGGAGUGACGGGAAUGGGCUGGGAGUCUCCGUACGGAGGCACGGGACUGGUCAAUGGCGUGUCCAACCUCACUUUGCAAAUUGAUUCAUUGAAACAUUGGUCUGUGGAACCCAUCUGCUUUGUCAAUGUCAACGGUUCUCAGUGUACUGAGGUGUUACCUGUCACUGUCUACAAAAUGCCGGACAGCGUGUCCAUAUCGUUGUUUGGUUCAGAUGGCCUCAUUGUGGAGGGGGAAACAUACCAGGUGCGGUGUGAAGCCUCUGAGGUUGCGCCAGUCCGUGAUGUCACUAUGGAAUUGCUCUAUGGCAAUGAGACCUUGGAGAGAGAUAAGGUUUACACUGUUUUCAAAGAUGACCCAGUUACGUUUUCUUUUGAGUUCUUGAUGUUAUCCAAGAGAGAUUAUAACGGUAACCGGAUCCGCUGUGCGGCAAAGAUGGACUUUGGCCCAUCGGGGCCAAAUCUUCCAGUGACCUAUUCGGAGCCGCUCGAGCUGACUGUUCAGUACCCGCCGACCUUCAGCCAACCGGAGGACGAGACUCUGACUCUUCCCGUUGGCAGCUGGAUGAGUUUAAACUGCAGCGCCUCAGGGAACCCGGCGCCGGAAUACAGCUGGAAUAUUCCUUCCGAGUCCGGAAAACUGACUGGAACCGGAGACGUUUUCAACUCCUCUUUCAAGUAUCCUGGCACCUACGAGUGCACCGCUGCUAACUCCCAGGGGGCCGCCACCAAACGUUUCACAGUCAACGGAUCUUCACGGACUCGAACAACGUUGGCGGCGGUGCUCGGAGUGUUUCUGGCCCUGGCAGUCGUGCUCUGCGUCCUGGGACUGUAUUUUGUCACUCCCCAUGGAACAUUUUCUUGCAGCAAACCCAGUUAUACGCCUGGACAAGCUAGUUCAGGUCCUGUAUGAGCCACGUAUGAUUUUUAAAUUCUUUUUUAAACAUUUUUAUUACUGAAAUUUUACUCUGAAAAUGUGCCAUGACCUCCAUGCACUCUUGCUACUUGGCUUUGGCCUGUCUGGGACCCUCCUCACGGACAUCCACCCGAGUGGACCCCCCCGUAAGGAACCCUGGUGACUGGUGGUCCUAGCACCUCGCUUUGGGUGGCCUUCUCGGCUAACCGACUAACCGGUUUGCUCCACUUUUA